AUGCCGGGACAAGAAGAGUUGUGUCUUUUGAGUGCUACCCAAAUUCUUUCUCUACUCAAGGAUAAUGUUGUCAGCGUUGAGGACUAUGCGCGGUCUCUUCUACAUCGCAUCGACCAGAGGAAUGAUAUUGUAAAAGCAUGGGCAUGUAUGGAUAUGCCUACAGAGUUUGGUUGCUCAUUAUACCAGGGAAAUCAACCGACUCUUGAUUCAUCUGCAGUUUCCAUACUCAGGAAUGCUGGAGCUCUUAUCUUUGGUAAAACCACCACACCAGAACUCACCUGGCUCAACAGCGGUCCCAAAACUACCAACCCCCACAAUGUAACCCGCACUCCAGGCGGAUCAUCUACAGGCUCAGCAGCAGCAGUCGCCGACUUUCAAGUCCCUCUCAGUAUUGGGACCCAAACGGGCGGGAGUCUUGUCCGCCCAGCAUCGUACACCGGUGUUUUUGCCAUGAAACCAACAUACAAUGCAAUUUCUCUCGAAGGCCAAAAGAUCUGCUCAAUCUCUCUCGAUACAUUCGGUUUCUUUGCUCGCUCUAUCGAGGAUCUCCGACUACUUGCUGAUGUCCUUUGCCUCAAAGACGCACACCCUCACAAGACCAUACCCUUAAAAGAAAUACAAAUAGCAUUCAUGCAAACUCCAAUGUGGGAUCAAGCCGGCCCCGGCACCAUCACCGCUAUGAAUUCCGCCUUCACCAUUCUCCACAACCGUGGUAUCAAAAUUGAUCAAGUCCCUUUCCCCCAGAAUACACCAAUUUCAAAAUCCUCACCCAAAACUUCAACACCAUCUACGAAACCGAAGCGCAAUCAUCCUUCCGCCAAGAAUACAACACGGAUAAAUCAAAACUCCACCCCGAAAUCCGCGCUCUUGUCGAAACCCCAUCCCACACUCCACAAGAAUAUUUCCAAGCUCUCGAAUACUUCGCCCUUAUCCGAAAAACCUUCACUUCUUCCAUCCUCUCCCAAUACGACGCAAUUCUCGCUCCCAGCGUCCCAGACGAAGCACCUCUCGGUCUGCACGAUAUGGGAAGUUCGGUAUUCAAUUUCUUCUGGACAGUGCGUAUAUUUCAUGCUCCCUCCCUACACUCAUCUCCCUCCCCCUCCCCAUCCCCAUCCGCAUCUUAUUACAUCAACAAACCCCACUCACACCCUCCAACCCCAAAAGUCAACCCACAUGCCCGUCCUCAAUAUCCCCGCAUUCAUCAGUCCCAACAACAUGCCCAUCGGUCUAUCACUUAUCGCAGCUCCAUUUUGCGAUCAACAUCUUUUGCACCUCGCUAAACGUAUCGCGGAACCGCUUAUGAGUGAGGGUGGUUGGAAAAUAAAUUUACCUGUCUAG